CUUGCAAGGAAUGGUCUCUAAAAUAGCCCGUUCGAUUGAUUGAAAGAGGUAGUUUUUAGCUUUAAGAUCCUUCAGUUUUAAAGCUUCCAACCUCGUCCUUUGGUCUGCCGGCAUCUCAGCGGUGGGAGUUGCUGCUCCAGUCUCCACCACAGCCCAAAGUUCUUUGGACCGGAGAAAGUUUUCCAUCAACAUGCUCCAAUGAUCGUAGUGACCAUCAAAGCGGGGAAUGGAAGAGGGACACCCCUUUGCGGUUUGGCUCUGGAGUCUAGCCUCUUCCAUUUUCGACAUUUCAUCGCCGUUCCGAACACAUCCACGGGUUAAGUAAAACUCUAUGCUGAAGUGGCUGGCGCUCUCUGUUUGAUCGGUAAUAUUAGAAUAAAUGGAAUCCACGGUGAGGAUGAAUUCUCAACCACGGCGAAUCUUGCCACCUGGAGCUUCACGGAAACAGAAAGAGAAGGAAAUGUCAUCUUAUAAUUCCAUGUGGCCAUCAUCAUAUCCAGUUAGUCACAAGGCUACGACGUCGUCGAAGCAAGCUGAGUCAGCAGCAGGCUACUCGAACCGGGUCUUAGCCGGUUACAUGGCUUACGAGUUCUUAACUAAAGGAACCGUGUUUGGCCAGAUGUUCAACCCGGCUCGAGCUGAGGCUGCCCUGGUGAACAGUGGUGCAGCAGAUGAGGUGAGAAGGGGAAAACCGGCUGCCGAAGCCGAGCCGAACGAGGUGAGGAGCCGAACAUAUGAUGAGGUGGCGAGCCUGUUGAAGAGCGACGAGGCCCACAUCCCCGGUGUGGUAAAUCCGACGCAGCUCGCGCGAUGGCUGCAGAUGUGACAUCAUUGUGCGCUGGUCUUUUGAAAAUCCUUACCAAAACACUCAACGGUUUGUUACACUUUGGGGUAGGUUUAAUUUGUAUCAUGAACUAAAUGAUCUUGUUGUUAGUAAAUUUUCGGGUAAUAAUCCUUCAUUUCUAUUAGAAGUGUGUCAAAAUAUGUAUGAUACCAAUAUAUUUGGGGCCAUAUAGUUCUCCGUUAGGUCCGGGACCGGAUCCUAGAUCCUACCACCGAGAGCCCUCUUGCCCAAAAUGUUGUAAUGAUCAUUGAAGUUUUGUGUCAAAAUAUUUGAUAUUGAAACUAUUUUUUGUGAUGAAGCAACUAGUCAAAAUUCAAGAAAUAAAUAAAUCGUGCAGAUUACC